CCUGUUUCGACUCUAGAAUAUGUCACUGCAUGUUAUGCAAUUUAGUUAAAAGUUAAGGAUAAUAAUUGUGGAAAAGAUGAGUGGCGGUUUUGGUUCGGAAAGAAUUUAUUUGCUAGGAGAAAAAUACUCAGGUCUAAAAGCUAGAGGUGCUCUGCAAAAUUAUGAAGAAAUUAGAAAGAAAUAUCUAACGAACAAUGCAUUAUUCGAAGAUUCACAAUUUCAAAUAGAAAAAAUAGAACUCGGACAACAGUGGGAUAAUGACAAGAACAGAAUUAAGUGGCUACGACCCCAGGAAAUAGUUUCCGAUCCAGUAUUUCUAGAAGCGAAUGAAGACAGGUUCGAUGUUAGACAAGGAACUUUGGGCGAUUGCUGGUUUUUGGCUGCUUUGGCAAACAUAACAGAUAAUAAUAAAAUAAUGCAGCGGAUUAUACCAGAUAAUCAAAGCUUUUCUCAAGAAUAUGCAGGAGUAUUUCAUUUCAGAUUUUGGCAAUAUGGUAGAUGGAUAGACGUGGUUAUUGACGACAGAUUGCCUACUAUAGAUGGUAAACUUAUCUUUACUAAGACUAAAUUUAGUAAUGUAUUUUGGACUCCUUUACUAGAAAAAGCUUAUGCAAAGCUCUACGGAUCUUACCAAAAUAUUGAAGGGGGCUUUAUUUCUGAAGCUCUGGAAGAUUUCACCGGCGGGCUAAACGAAAGAUACCUUGAUUUAGCAAACAUUUCUAAAGAUCAGGACCUUUUCAAAAUGAUGUUAAUUUCAUUUAUGAGAAAAUCAUACAUGGGCUGUGGUAUCCUGGAUUCGGGUGAAGUUGAAGGAGAAAGGAAAGAUGGACUUUAUUCAAGUCAUGCUUACAGUAUAAACAAUGUAGUGGAAGUUACCUCAAAAGCUGAAAAAGUCUAUAAGUUGCUUAGGCUUAGAAAUCCAUGGGGCACGGGUGAGUGGACAGGUGACUGGAGUGACCAUUCAAAAACCUGGGAUCUUCUUCCGGACGAAACUAAAAAUAAACUAUUAAUAGCAAAGGAUGAUGGAGAAUUUUGGAUGCAAUACGAACAUUUCAUUGACGCUUAUAAUUUGUUAGAAUUUUGUCACCCUAAUCCCGAUUCACUAGCAUAUGAAGAAGACGAAUCACAUAAAUGGAACAUUUUUAUGCUUGACGGCAGUUGGGUUGCAAAAAUUAGUAAUGGAGGUCAGCCGCAUAGUACAAAUUUUUGGCAUAACUCACAAUACUUGUUAAAAAUAAACGAUAGUAGUAAUGCUGUACACAGGGUAGUAAUUGGAUUAAUGCAGAAGAAUAGAAGGCUGUACAAUCUUCCCAAGAUUCCUAUAGGAUUUGCUGUGUAUGAACUAAAAUUCGUUUCUCCUGGACGUUUAACGCAGAAUUUUUUUUCCUCAAUUAAACCUGUCUAUGUUCGAGAACCAGAGAACAAUACACAGGUUACGGGACACCUAGAUUUACCAAAAGGAUCCUACUGCAUAGUACCAUUUACAGAUGAACCUCAAGCAAGCUGUGAAUUUCUUUUACGGGUAUACUCUACUGUUACAUUUGAUGUUAAUGAACACGAAGUUGAUGUUCGGUUAAUAGAUCCAACAGUACCGUUAGGAGGGUUACGUGCACCUGUAGAUACAGUAGAUGGUGUGGCUGCCGAUAAAGGAAUUAGACAUGUAUUCGAUAACUAUGCUGAUAAAGAAUUAGAAGUUGGUUGGAAGGAACUAAGGUGUAUACUAGAACUUCUUUUUUCAAACGAACAACACGUAUUUUCAAAGGAAUUAUGUCGAAGUAUGGUUGCUUUAGCGGAUACGGAUCUCUCAGGAAAACUCAAUUUCCAGGAAUUCUACGAGCUUUGGGAGCAAAUUGGAGAGUUAAAAGGCAUUUUCAAAAAUUUUGAUUCAGAUAGUUCCAAUGGAAUGUCAGUACGUGAACUUCGACAGGCUCUUAGAGUAGCUAAUUUCCAACUUAGCAAUAAAAUUUUAUCCCUAAUCGGACUGAGAUACGCAAACGAAAAGGAUGAGUUGGAAUUAGAAGACUUUUUGCACUGUUGCGUUAAAUUAAAAUUAAUGAUAGAUAUUUACAAUUCCAAAGAGAAAAGAGAAUAUGGCUUGGAGCAGUGGUUACUUGAAACAAUGUAUGCUUAAAUUGCAACAAUAUUUUUUUAUUAUUAUUAUUUGUAUUAGUUUUAUAAAAUAAAAUAAAUCAUAUUCUAGUA